AUGGAAAAGAGGCGCAAAUAUCUCACUGUCCGCAUCAAUGGUGAGCCAGUAUGCCUACAAAUAGACACCGCUUGUGACAUAACUUUGAUCUCAAAGCGAACUUGGCACGCGCUCGGGCGACCCCCAUUCAAUCUGACCAACAGGAAAGCAUUGAACGUAUCUGGUGGACCACUGCGUCUCAUUGAUGAGUUUCGUGAAAAACCCCCGAAGUCAGUGUCUCAUCUCGAUCCAUGGCGAAAAUCCCGUCUGGCCGAUGAACAGCGUUGUGAUCAGGUAGCGCGGAUAAGAGAACAAAAAAAAUGUGAACUGCGUUCUCGAUGGGAGGAGGAAACCCAUGCGAAAUUGAUUGAAGCGGAAACGCUUCGACGAUUCACAGCCGUUAAGGAAAAGCAGCGCAAGGCGAGAGAACAGCAUCGAGAGCAACUGCGCGAACAGCUCCGGGUGGAGGAGGAACAGUUCGUGGCCAAGCAGAAGUCCCCGGUGGAAGAGAUGCGAGAACGCUACGAAGAGUCACGCCGUCGUGCAGCCCAAUUGGAGGCGGAACGACAAGCGGCAGAUCGGGUUAGAGCUUUGGAAAAAUAUGAUCAACAAUUUCGUGAGGGAUGCGAUCUAUUACGGGCGGAAUUAUCACGAAGAAAGGCGUUUGAGAUUGCGGAGGACCGAAAGGUUCAAAUUGCCAUGAAACGGGAACAGAAGAGGUUAGAGGCUGAGGAGGAGGCAAACUGGUUUGCCGAACAACAACAGGCACAACAACGAGCGCAACUUGAAGAUGCAAGUGAAACAAAGAAACAAGAACGGGCAAAAUUUUUGGCCGAGCAGUUGCAAAAACAGGUUCAGGAAAAGAUAAAAGCCAACGAACUGGACAAGGAGUUGAAACAGAAAGAAAAAGAAGACUUGAUCAAACUUCAAAAGCAACUAUUGGAAGAGCGCAUCCAACAACAUCAGAAGAAAAUUGAACAUCGAAUCAAAGCACGGGAAGAACUGAAUCGUUGUUUGCUUGAGAAGCAGACUAGGAUCACGGAAGAAUUGGAAAAGUCACGGGCUUAUGAACAGUUGUUGGCUCGUCAAGAGGAAACGAAGGCAAUCGCUGAAGCGGAUCAACAACGAGAGGCCAAAAAAUUUAGUAAACGUUUCAAAGCGUUGAAAAAAAGUAUAGAUGUGUCAGGCGGGGAGAACAAAAUUUCAGUAAAGAAUGCUCGUCAUCAACGAGUCGUUGAAAGACAGAAAUUGACCUCCGAAAUAAACGAACUGAUAAGAAAAGAUAAACAAAAGACAGCCGAAGAUAUGGAACAACAUCAGAACAAAUUGAUUGAAUAUCGAAAGGCGCUUGAGGGACAGAUUGCCUAUCAGCAUCAGAGGACUGCGGACGCACUGAAAGAAGCUGAACGAGAACAACAGCGUGAGCAAGAAAUGAACGAGACCAUACAAAACUUAAUCGAUCAGCUUGUAAAUUCGGAAGUUGAUGACCCAAAUCGACACCCGUGGAGAGUUCUUCUGGCUCAAGGUCAUCCGGGAAUUCCUCAGUGGACCGGAUCUCUUAUAUCAUCUGCGGCGCCUGGCGAAUCUUGUGACUGA